AUGUCAUCCUCUUUAGCCCUUCACGCUUUUACCCAUCCCCACCCCUGGGACCCGUCUGCUAUCCGCCUCUCACCCACUCCCUCACUCAUCUCUGCUCAAGCUUCAAUAACACAUCAGCUCUACAUCUUGGAUUGCCGCGGCCAUGACGCGCGUGAAAUGCAAAGAACAUUGAACUAUAUUACAGCCGAGCUGCGGAUACGAGAAGUUGAAAAUCUUGCUUUGGCAGAAGCUAACCGCAAGGACGCAAGUGAAGAGAGCAAUGGGAAUAAUAGAAUCGAUGAAGAGAAGAACAAAGACCUGAGUGAGUUCAAGUCAGGAAGCUGGAUCAAGAAGAAAGAUGGAGGUGCGAGGAUGAGGGAGAUGGAAGACGAAGAUAAGCGCUGGGAAAAGGAGAGUGGUGGUAAUCCUCGAUGGGGUGAGGGUAGGACGGCACAUCUGUACGGCAAGUAG